AAUGCAUUUUCUACAGAACAGGAAAACAAAAAUGAAACUCUGUUUGAUUUGCUCAAGACUGCAGUGGACAAGGCACUCGAGAGUGACACUGGACACUUGGACCUUUUCCUUCGCUUCCUCCUUGGUCUGUCAAUUGCAUCUAAAAAAACACUCUUACGAGGUCUGUUGACACAGCAAAAUGGUGAUGAACAAAGCAAAAUGGAAAUAGUUCAGUACAUCAAGCAGAAAUUAGAUGAUAAUUUGUCUCCAGAGAGAUCCAUCAAUCUGUUCUACUGUCUGAAUGAACUGAAUGAUCAAACUCUGGUGAAAGAGAUUCAGAUCCACCUGAACAAAGGAAGUCUCUCAUCUGCUGACCUUUCUCCUGCCCAGUGGUCUGCUUUGGCCUUUGUGUUGUUGACAUCAGAUGAGGAGAUGGAGGAGUUUGAGCUUCAGAAAUUCAAGAAAUCAGACGAGUGUCUGAUUCGACUAUCACCAGUCAUAAAAACUUCCAGAAAAGCUAAAUUAAAUAAUUGUAAUUUAACAGACAGAAGCUGUUUAGCUCUGGCCACAGUUCUUGGAUCAGAUUCUAAUCUGAAAGAUCUGAACAUGAACAAUAAUAAUCUGCAGGAUUCAGGAUUAAUUAAUCUCUGUUCUGGACUUAAGAGUGUAAAGUGUGAAUUGGAGAUACUAAGUCUCAGAAAUUGCGAUCUAACAGAGGAAAGCUGUUCAACUAUUGCUUCAGUUCUCAGUUCAGACUCGAGCAGUCUGAAAGAUCUUGACCUGAGCAAUAAUAAAUUACAGGAUUCAGGAGUGAUGCUGCUCUCUGAUGGACUGAAGGAGAACUGUAAACUGGAGAAACUCAGACUUUCAAACUGCAGUAUCGCUGAGGAAGGUUAUAAAGCUCUGGCUUCAGCUCUGAGAUCAAACCCUUCACACCUGAUAGAGCUGGAUCUCAGAGGAAAUGAUCCUGGAGAAUCAGGAGUGAAGGAGCUUGAUGAUUUACUACAGGAUCCGAACUGUCAUCUGAAGACACUGAGGUUUUUGGGUCCUGCUGCCAAUGAAGCCUGUCAUUAUGUGACUGGAAUUUUGGGUAAAAACCCAUUACUCCUGAGAGAUCUGAAUCUGAGUGACCGUGAACUAGGAGACACACAAGUAAUUCAGAUUGCUGCUCUUCUGCAGGAUAAACAUUGUAAACUCAACACACUGAAACUCUCGGACUGCAGUAUCACUGAAGAAGGUUAUAAGGCUCUUGCUUCAGCUCUGAGAUCAAACCAUUCACACCUGAUAGAACUGGAUCUCACAGGAAAUGAUCCUGGAGAAUCAGGAGUGAAGGUGUUCGUGGAUUUACAGCAGGAUGGAUGCUGUAAAUUAAAGACCAUCAGGUUUUUGAAAAGUCCUGCUGCACAGGAAGCAUGUGAGUAUCUCACUGAAGCUCUGGGUAUAAAUCCAUUAUUACUGAAAGAACUGGAUCUGAGUGAAGAUAAAUUAGGAGAUCUGGAUGGGGAGAAGCUCUCUGAUCUUUUGAUGGAUUCUCAUAGCAAACUGGAGAAAAUUAAGCUGAAUAAUUGUGAGCUGACAGAGAAAAAAUAUUCAGUUCUAGCUACUGUUCUCUCCUCCAAAACCAUCCUGAAAGAGAUGGAGCUGAAUAACAGCCGUCUGCUGGACUCAGGAGUCAAAGAGAUCUGUGAAGGACUGAAGAAUCCUGUGUGUGAGCUGAAGAUACUCAAACUUUCAGACUGCAGUAUCACUGAAGAAGGUUAUAAAGCUCUGGCUUCAGCUCUGAGAUCAAACCCUUCACACCUGAUAGAGCUGGAUCUCACAUUAAAUGAUCCUGGGGAAUCAGGAGUGAAACAGCUCAGUGAUUUACUACAGGAUGGGUGCUGUAAAUUGACCAUCAGGUUUUUGAAAAGUCCUGCUGCACAGGAAGCAUGUGAGUAUCUCACUGAAGCUCUGGGUAUAAAUCCAUUACUUCUGAAAGAACUGGAUCUGAGUGAAGAUAAAUUAGGAGAUCUGGAUGGGGAGAAGCUCUCUGCUCUUUUGAUGGACUCUCAUAGCAAACUGGAGAAAAUGAAGCUGAAUAAUUGUGAGCUGACAGAGAAAAACUGUUCAGUUCUAGCUACUGUUCUCUCCUGCAAAACCAUCCUGAAAGAACUAAACCUGAACAACAGCUGUCUGCUGGACUCAGGAGUCAAAGAGAUCUGUGAAGGACUGAAGAAUCCUGUGUGUGAGCUGAAGAUACUCAAGCUGUGUGAUUGUGGUCUAACAGAGGAAAGUGGUUCUGCUCUCGCCACAGUGCUGAGAUCAAACCGCAGUCUGAAAGAGCUUGACAUCAGCAACAAUAAUCUGCAUGAUUCAGGAGUGAAGAAACUGCAGGAUGGAUUAGAAAAUACAAACUGUACACUGCAGAAACUCAAACUUUCAAACUGCAGUAUCACUGAAGAAGGUUAUAAAGCUCUGGCUUCAGCUCUGAGAUCAAACCCUUCAUACCUGAUAGAGCUGGAUCUCACAGGAAAUGAUCCUGGACAAUCAGGAGUGAAGCAGCUCAAUGAUAUACUACAGGAUCCAAACUGUAAACUAAAGACACUGAGAUUUUUGGGUCCUGUUGCAGAUGAAGCCUGUCAGUAUGUGACUGGAAUUGUGGGUAAAAACCCGCUACUCCUGAGAGAGCUGAAUCUGAGUGAACUUGAACUAGGUGACACACGAGUGAAUCAGAUAGCUGCUCUACUGCAGGAUAAACACUGUAAACUUAACACACUGAAUCUGAAUAACAGUGACAUAACAGAAGAAGAUUGUCAAGUUCUGGAUGAAGCUUUAAAUUUAAACCCUUCAAAUCUGACAGAGUUGAAUCUGAGUGGGACAAAACUCAGAAACUCAGGAAUGAAGAUCUUCUCGGCUUUGUUUAAGAAUGAACAGUGUAGACUGAAAAAGCUGAAGUUGAAUUCCAUUUGUAUUACUGAAGAAGGUUGUACUGCUCUAGCAUCAGCAUUCAAUUCAAACCCUUCAAACCUAAUAGAGCUGAAUCUGAGUGGGAAUAAACUAGGAGACUCUGGAGUAACUGAAAUCUCAAGUCUAUUGAGAAAUUCACAAUGUUCACUUCAGAUACUCAGACUCUCAAACUGCAGUAUCACUGAAGAAGGUUAUAAAGCUCUGGCUUCAGCUUUGAAAUCAAACCCUUCACACCUGAUAGAACUGGAUCUCACAGGAAAUGAUCCUGGACAAUCAGGAGUGAAGGAGCUUGAUGAUUUUCUACAGGAUCCAAACUGUCAACUGAAGACACUGAGGUUGUUACAAAGUCCUGAAGCAGAAGCAGCGUGUAAAUAUCUAACUGAAGUUCUUCAAAUCAAAAACCCGUUACUCCUGAGAGAUCUGAAUCUGAGUGAACGUGAACUAGGAGACACACAAGUAAAUCAGAUUGCUGCUCUACUGCGGGAUAAACAUUGUAAACUCAACACACUGAAGCUGUGUGAUUGUGGUCUAACAGAUGAAAGCUGUUCACCUCUCGCUACAGUCCUGAGAUCAAACCCCAGUCUGAUAGAGCUCGAUAUCAGCAACAAUAAACUGCAGGAUUCAGGAGUGAUGAAACUCCAGAAUGGAUUAGAAGAUAGAAACUGCACACUGCAGAAACUCAGACUUUCAAACUGCAGUAUCACUGAAGAAGGUUAUAAAGCUCUGGCUUCAGCUCUGAGAUCAAACCCGUCACACCUGAUAGAACUGGAUCUCACACGAAAUGAUCCUGGAGAAUCAGGAGUGGAGCAUCUCAGUGAGUUACAACAGGAUCAGAACUGUAAGCUGAAGACACUGAGGGUUUUGAGACGUUCUGAUGCAGAUGAAGGGUGUCAGUAUGUGACUGGAAUUGUGGGUACAAACCCGUUACUCCUGAGAGAGCUGAAUCUGAGUGGAUGUGAACUAGGAGACACACGAGUGAAUCAGAUCUCUGCUCUACUAAAAGAUAAACACUGUAAAUACAACACACUGACUCUGUGUGAAUGCAGUAUUACAGAGAAACCGUGUUUCAUCCUGACUUCAGCUCUGUGUGUAAACCUUUCACACCUGAAAGAGCUCAACCUGAGUGGAAAUAAAAUAGAAAACAAAGGAGUAAAGCAUAUAUGUGAAAUGCUGAUUGAUUCACGCUGUAAACUGGAGAGAUUGAGGUUAGGAUCCUGUAAUUUGACAGAUGAAGGGUGUUCUGAUCUGACUUCUGCACUGAAAUUAAACCCAUCACAUCUGAGAGAACUGGACCUGAGUGAGAAUCAACUAGGAGACUCUGGACUGAAAAACAUUUGUGAUCUACUGAUGAACCCUCAAUGCAAGCUGGAAAAACUAGAUCUAAAUGACUGUGGCAUUACAGAAGUUGCUAUUCUGGCUCAGUCUUUGGCUGAGAAUAAUGCACUGGUAUUUUUAAAAGAGCUUGAUCUGAGUAAAAAUAACAUAGGACACUCCAAAACGCAGCUCAUCGAUGUGCUACGAGACUCCAGCUGUAACCUGAGCCUGUAGGAAGAACAUUCGCCUCAAUCCUCAGAACAAUCCGAACAAUCCUCAGAAGGUUGUCAGUUUAGUACUGGAAUAAAUCAAUAUGUAUAAUGGUAGUUUUAGUUAGAUACUGCAAAACAGCAAUUAAAGAGCCAGUAAGAUGAAAAUUCUAAGCCUCCUAUCACUGUUUAUAAGUCCUGUACAACAGGUUUAAAUCCAUCCAAGGUUAAAAAACAUUGUCAUUUUGUCAAAAUAUCAUUU